UUUUGUUUAGAUACCAACGUUUUUCCAGCGUUAAGUUUGUCCUACGUAGUGAACAAUAAUAAAAUCAUUCGCAUAAAUUGCCGUCGUGAUGGCUGUUACUCAAAAUCUGGCAAAGCUGCCUAUCUACGCAACCUUAUCGUCGUCUUAAAGUCUAGGAGUCUGUUUUCUUAUACAGCUUAAAGGUGAGCCUCAUAUUUCUGUGAGAUAUGGCCUCUUCAAUGACUACUGAGGCGAAUGGAGUGAGGGUAGUGACUCAUAUUAUCCCACUGGAGGAAAAAGCAGAGUCUCCGGACCUAAAGUCAAGCUUGGUCGAACUAGAAAAGUCCAACUUGCCACCAAAAACCAAGAUGUUCCUAAAGGGGAAGCCUCUGUCACUGGGGUUGGUGCAGGUGUUUAUUGGUUUGGUGGUCAUGACUCUCUGCACCAUCACGGUACUUGUGGACAAGCUGAAUGUUGAGACCGUAAUGUCCCUUGGACUUCCUUUUGUCGUCUCUGGGUCUGUGGCAAUCGCUGCACACAAGAGAUCCAGUUCUGCUCUGAUCAAAGCCACGCUGGCCAUGAGUGUGAUCUGUGCUCUGCUGGCUGCUGCAGGAACCGGCUACUUCAGUUGGGAGCUCAGCAAUAGACCAGGGGAGGAUCCUUGUACCAGCGGAGAUUACUGGUCAUGUUCGUACAUGAUAUGGAGAUUUAACAGUUUGGUGGAUGGAUUGAGGGGUCUCCUGCUGGUGCUGUGUUUUCUUGAACUGUGCGUGUGCAUCUCUCUGUCCAUCUUUUCAGCCCGGGCCAUCCAACAGGGUGAAACCGAUGUCGACCUUUAUGGCAGUGACACCAGUCUCCUGAAGGCUGGGGUGGAUUGUGUCUCCAACACCUGAAAGGCCACACAGUUAUGGCCAAGGUUUCUUUAGUCAAAAGUUUAAUCAUCAUACAGGCUAAAUGUGAUAACAUUUGCUUUAUAGAGUUCUUUCUUUUUGAUGGGGUUGUUUGAUAUAAUACAGUAUAGGCAUUUUCCACUAGAUGAUUUGUCAUUUUUUGCAGUUUACACAUUUCUGCAUGGUAAUGUUCUUUGAGAGCUAUUGCACACUGCUUGCUGAUUUUAUGAAUAAAAUGCACUUAUGUUUCA